GAUUUAUCGAAAGAUAGACUUUGCUCCUGUUGCCCCCCUCUCGAUCUCUCUCUCACUGCGUUGGUUCUUCCCGCCGGCCACCGCUGCUACUCACCGUUCUCUCCGCUAUCCACUGCUUCUUCCACCGCACAAAUCCUGCAUGCCGGACGUUCUCCAGACGCCGCGGUUUCCUCGCUCUCCAACAAGGGGGGCAGUCUCUUGCGGUCCUUCCCUGUUUUAAGCAGUUGCCGGAGGCUAAAGCGUGGAUCCUAGCAGUGACAGAUUGUAAAGCCUCUCCUCAUCGUAUCAGUGUCAUCGAUUUAUCGGGAAUUAUUUGGUUGGUCCAAAAUGGAGAAGGUGAUUGUCGCCGAAGCCAAUACUUCUCCCUCUAGCUCCGAACCCAGGAUUAUUUGCCGAGUAUGCCAGAAGCAAUUUUCUCAAUAUACCUGUCCCCAGUGCAAUUCUCGCUACUGCUCACUUCAAUGUUACAAGAGGCACAGCCUUCGCUGCACAGAAUCUUUCAUGCGCGAGAAUGUGAUGGAGGAGCUGAAACAGGUGCAACCAGAUGAUGAAACAAAGAGGAAAAUGGUUGAUAUACUGAAAAGGUUCCAUUCUGAAGAAGAGAUGAACUCUGAAGAUGAUGGUGGUGAGACUAUGCUAUCAGAGGAGAUCAUUCAGAAGGUUUUGUCAGGUGAAGAAAUCAAACUUGAAGAUUUAUCUCCAGAGGAAAUCAAACACUUUAGGAGAACAAUCGCAUCCGGAGAACUUAGCAAACUUAUAGAGCCAUGGACUCCUUGGUGGAGGAAACCUUCUGCAAGAUCUAUUUCUCUAAGCCCUGAAGGUUGCCAGCUUGUUAAGCCACUUGAUGUUCAAUCAAGUACAGUUACUAUUAGUGAGAUUCCAGUUGGACCAGAAAGUCCACUUCAACCACUCAAGCAGUUGAUGCACGGGGAGCCUUCCCCUCUUCUUACAGUUCAUGUGAUCGAUGUACUGUACAGUUACUGUUUCACACUUCGCCUAUACAAUGGGGAUUGGUAUUCUGACCCUCUGAGUGCUUCCACUAUGGCCUUCAGCAUGUCAAAAGUACUAGGCGAUGUUGGCCGGCCUGAAACUGUAACAGAGGCACUCGCAGCUUGCAUCGAGGAAACGUGCUCACCCAUCUACAAACAAGCUGGAGGUUUUAGUUUCGCAAUUGGGCUUAUCGACGAUGUCAUAUGCCUUCUUUCAUUGGGAACUCACGCUCUCAUCUGCUGCUUGUGUGAUUUUCAAAGACUCUUUCAAGCUGGUGAAAGAAUGCUCAAGUCCGAGAAUAUCAAUAAGACGGAAAGAAACAAAACCACUCAGAAACUAAGAUCCGCAGAAAGGAAGGUGUAUUUCUUGAUGUGCUGGGUUCAUGAGCAGCCAGCAGAGACCUGGUCGACUUUAGCAGAUUUUGUGAAAGUAGAGAAAGCAUCUCUCUCACAAUUGGAUCUUGGCGGUGAAAGUUUGAAAGCUGAAACGAAAAGAAUGUCAAAGCCAAAUGCUCUCAUUCAUGAGGUCUAAAGCAUUCAUGGCUUUGUAGCACAUGAGGAAAUCCAAGUCAGUGCUUCCAUUUUCUAGCCUGUGUUUCUUUGCAUCGAUAUCGAUUUUCCUUGCAAAGCUUUUUCACCUGAAACAAAUUAAGGCCUUUGGAUUACCGCACUCUUCAGUUUUUAUUCAGCAGAGGAAGCACUGAAUCCACCUAAGCAUAUAUUUUACUACAUUUGAUUUUCCUAAGUGAAUCCUUAACUAGUGUAAAUUAGUUGAUCAGAAUUAUCCUUGGGAUUGCUAAUUUUGAUACCUCAGGUGUUCAGGCUGUCUUUUUUUUUUAUUCGUUUAUCAGGUAAAUUCGAAGCAUAGUUUAUGCUUCAAUUUCCAAUUAUUAGUGCUAUUCAUAAUAUUUUAUCCCUGAUAUUAAUUAGAAUGUGAAAGACAUGUUUUGUAGAUUUACAAUGCUCAUCAAGUUUUUUAAACUUGGGCAGACAA